CACCAUAGGAGUCUGAAAUCAGACAAUCGAAGAUUCUCGUGGAAGUUGGACCAAAACUAACCAGAAACGAAGACCUAGAAGGAAUACAUCGUCAUGUUCUUGAAAAAGCUAUUAGUGAGCGUGUUACUGCUCAACCUGGUGGCUUUUCUGAUGGGAGCCAUUGUGACCACACGACGCAUCCAACCGCGGGAGACGAACUCCUGCGAGGGCCGCCAGAGUCCCGGACCCAUCUGUGAGUCAUGUGAGCUGCUGGCCACCUGUGUGCGCCACUCCAACGGAUGGGUGAACAUCCCCGUGGAGUCCUGCGACGUGGCCAACGGAUACUACUGCAAUGCCCGACUGGGCAGCUGCACCAACGAGACGGGGCCCUGUCAUCCGUUCGGGAUCGAGGGCAACUUCCAGUGCACCUCGCAAGGCAUCUUUCCGGAUCCGUACGACUGCCAGAAGUACCACAUGUGCUACUUCGUGGGGGCCACUCUGGUGGCUGCUGCCGUGGACUGUGGCAACGACAAGGCCUUCGAUGCGAGGACUGGCCAGUGCACUUUGACCCUGACGGACUCCGUCUGCCUGCAGCGGCAGUACUACUGCCCCAGUGCCGGACACGUGGCCGCCUGGCCCACUAACCCCAAUAUUUUCUACGUCUGCAAGUCGACCGUUAACCAGAACCUGAACGACACCAUCGUCAUCUACCCCUCGCUGCACAGGUGCAACGAUGGGGAGACCUUCGUGGACUACGUCUGCCGCAGCGGCGCGAAUGUCCUGCCGCCCAGUACCGACGAUCCUUCUGUAAUCAUCGAGGAUCCCAACGACGACGACUUCUCGGUGCUGCCCAAUACCUGCCAGCACGUGGGCUUGAUGGCCGAUGGCAACGACUGCCGCAAGUACUACUACUGCUCAGCUCUGAACGGCACCCUGCGGCACAUGGACUGCCCCAAUGGGACUUUCUACCGCCCCGAGCUGUCCUCCUGCGUCCUGGGAAGCUGCUAAGGAAGAUGCAUCCCUCUAUUUUAUUUAUUCUUCACGGGAUUAUAUUACA